AUUUAGAACAACUGCUAUAGUGCAGGUCACCACACAGAUUUUCUGUAGGAUUCAAGUCUCUGGGCUCUGACUAGAGCAGUGAACAGAGAGCGAAGAUGAAGGUCUGGUUUCUGUUGUUUGUGCUGCUGCCACUCUGCCUAGAUUCUACUGGUGUUGCAGCACAAUAUGCUAUUGACUGCUAUGGGGAGGAUUUCCUAAUGGUGAGAAACAUGGUCCUGCACUGUAAAAGCAAAGUUCAGCAGGCGUGUUACACCAGAUCAUCUGGAGAGAAGGGCUGCAUUCGGACAGAGUUCUGUAAAAGACCUGGCUGGAAAUGUUGUGAAACAAACCUCUGUAAUGCCUAACUUUAACACCAGAGAGAGCUAGACUGGCAUCUAGAACUAAAAACUUUCUAAAACUUUCUGAACUUCAUCAAAGAUCUCUUUCUUUUGCAUUUUGUCUAUAAAACACAGGUGAUAUGGAUAUGGCUUAAUAAAUAAUUGUGCACAUUA